AUGAAUAUCUCGGCUGCCUCGGUUAAAAUUGUCAAGUUAAUCUUGCUUGCAUGGCUGCUCUUCGUGGUUUCUACCGCCAGAAUUGCAGCUCGUAAUAGCUUGCAAUGGAGUCGUCACUUGAACGUUGCCACGGAGCAGGUAGACUCGAUUACCUUGAUUAUUGCUCAUCCUGAUGACGAAGUGAUGUUUUUCGCGCCUACUCUGCUGCAAUUGGACCAUCUGCUUCCGGAGAGUGUGCAGUUCAACUUCGUCUGUCUAUCCAAAGGCGAUGCGGAUUCGCUGGGGCCGAUCAGAGAACGUGAGCUGCGCAAGUCGGCUAGGCUGCUGAUGGGUCGCAGCGGGCGCGGAUUUGAAGUGUUUCAACACGAUUUCCCUGAUGGGUUCGACGAAACGUGGGACGUUCGUUCCGUGGCCUCGAGCAUCGAGGACUCAGUAUUUAUAGAUGGUCGUGCUCCGAGAACCGUCCUGGUGACCUUCGAUGAACAUGGAGUGUCGGGCCAUCCAAACCAUGUGGCAUGUCAUCGCGCUGUGAAACACAUCGUGGCUCAGAGACCGGGCGUGCAGGCGUUGCUCCUCAAGUCUCAUCAUGGCAACAUCGUCCUGAAAUAUUGCGGGUUUGUAUACGACGUGUUGAAGUUGUAUUUUGAAACGUUUCUGGAACGCUCCGAUUCGGGCUUGUCCUUUGUAAACACAUUCCCACAGUAUCUUCUGGCAUUUGCCUCGAUGGCAAAUGCUCACGAGUCCCAGCUGGUAUGGUACCGGUAUGGUUGGUGGAGUCUUUCGCGGUUCGUUUUCGUCAACGAUCUGGAGGUUGUCGUGCAAUAA